AUGACUUUCAACUUGGAAGACAUAAUUUCAAAAUAUCAAAGAUCUGAAAUCGGGUCGCCUUAUCCCAUUUUCGUCAUUUUCGUCAUUGCUUUAUGCUACUGGUGGAAAUCUACAGAGCUAGAGAAUCCGUCCGGGCUUCCAAUUGUUGGGAGAAAGUGGUAUGAACUAGGAAAUGGCAAAGCGAGACAGCGGGUUCGGGAUGACUGCCUCGGCAUUGUCAGGUCCUCUCUGCAGAAGUACGGUGAUGCUUUCUACCUCUAUACUGAUUCUAGAUAUCGUCUCAUCCUUUCUGGUAAAUAUGUCGAUAUGCUGCGCAAUGAAAAGCGUCUUGACUUUAUUACAGCGCUUGCAGAUAAACUUGUUAAUGGUGUGCAUGGUUUCGAGCCAAUGGAAUGGAUGACAAGUGAUAAGAAGAUUUUACACGCUGUGACAAAACACUCACUGAAUCGGCAUUUGGGAACUUUUAUCGAGCCACUUAAUGAGGAAUCCGACUAUACACUUCGUCAAGUCUGGUCUGAUGAGUCUGAAUAUCACGAAGUUAUGUUGAAAGACUCAGUUUGGAAAUUUUUCGGACAGAUAAUGUCUAGGACAUUUAUCAACGAAAAGGACUUUUACCGCAAUCCAGAAUGGGUAAAUGCGAGCUCAGAGUAUGUCGAGCUGUCGGCUCUAGCGGGAUACGAGCUUCGGGCUUUUCCAAGAUGGGCAAAACGAUGGGUUGCACCAUUCCUUCCUAAUUGUCGAAAGCUUCAGUCACUUUUCAAACAUAUCAACGUUCUCCUGGAGCCAUUAAAGGACAGGUUAGACGGGCAGAAAUUAGAAAUCGAUUCUAAAAACCCACUAAGCUUUUUACAUCAAAAGAUGGAAGGUCAGCCAGAUGAGCUUGCAUCUAUGCUAAUUGCACUUUGUUUGGUUUCAUAUGAUGGCGGAGGGGAGUUGUUUACUCAUGUUCUUCACUCGGUUUUCACAAAUGAUCAACUAAUACGUGAUCUCCGCGCUGAGAUUGUGAGUGUGGUUGGUGAUAAGGGUUUCAACAAGAAUACUUUGCAAGGUCUGGUACUCAUGGACAGUGUUCUGAAGGAGGCUAUGCGUAUGCACCCUGAGUCCGUCCUCUUGAUGCAACGAAUUGCUUUAGAAAAAGUCGUAUUACCCGACGGUCUCAUUAUACCCAAAGGAACCCCCCUUUUGGUGUCCGGAUGUCAUAUCAUAGACGCGUCCAUUUGGCCAGAUGGUGACAAAUUCGAUGGCUACCGGUUCUUUAAAAUACGCCAGAAUGCAGAUUCUUCUACGAACCAAGCAGCUUACAACUUUACAUCAACAUCUCCAGACCAUUUUGGCUUUGGUCAUGGAUCUCAAGCAUGUCCUGGGAGGUUUUUUGCAUCGUACAUGCAGAAAAUUUUGCUGUGCCAUGUGAUAAUGAAGUAUGACAUUCUGGUCACUAUUCCGGAAGAAGGCGCAUGGUUUCAACGUGGAUACACUCAUGUGGCUCAUCCAGGCCUGAAGGCCCAUGUCAGGAGACGAAAAGAAGAAAUCAGACUGUGA